AACAAUGCUUGGUUUAUUGCGUUGUGGUGUCUUGUGAGUUAUAUUGGUUUAUUUAUAGUCACCGUGUUGCAGACGACUCACGAUUGUUGCAGAAAGAGCGAAAAUACGUUGCAUUGCACGCAGUUGUCGAAUUUGUAUGUUAUCACCAAGCUAUCACUAAAACUUUGCUGGCCUACAGAGUGGGAAAGUGAAAGAGAGAAGUAAGAUAAAACGUCAACAUAUAGGUGUAAGGUGCGCACUGCGCAUGGUGCAAUAUAAAUUGAAAUUGAAGUAGGGGGCGGCUACUCAAGACAAAGAGGGCCUACUUGGGCGGGCAGCUUCUGCCAACAUCAGAGCAAUGGAGGCCUGCACAGCUGUAGAGAAGGAGCUAGACAAGGUCUUUGAGAAGUUCAGAGACCUCGAUAAAGAAAAUCAACGAAAGGUGGAAGAGAUCAUCAACAAAAUCGAAGAAUAUGUGGCCACCCUGAAUGACAGUGACGGUGACGGUCAGAUCAGUGCCGCCAAGGCCGUGAAGAUUAUGGAACUGCUGGCCGAGGCCCGGGCUAUCGCCACAAAGGCCUCCACAGGCCACAGAGAGCUGCACAGCACCGUCUCCAAAGUCGGAAAGGCCAUCGACAAGAAUUUCGCGGCCGACUACUCGGUAGCCGCUCUGAACCCCGACUUCGCUACCUCCGAGCGAGACGCCAAGCUGGUGAACGAGGUGAUCUGCCGGCACUUUUACCGCACCGGUCUGCCGGAACUGGGCGCCCUCCUAGUCCAGUCGGCCCAGCUGGAGAACACAGAGUCGGUGGUGGAGCCCUACAUGGUGAUCAACAGUAUCGUGGAGGCUCUGCGGCGCAGGGACCUGGGCCCAGCGCUCUCCUGGGCCGAACAGCGCACCGACCAGCUCCAUCAGAUAGGCAGUUUCCUGCUGUUCCGUCUACAGAAGCUGCAGUACACCACGCUCCUGCAACAGGGGAGGGUGAAGGAGGGUAUCCUGUACGCCCGACUCCACUUUGGCCGCGUGCUGCAGGCCUACAUCGACAGAGAGGAGAUCCACUCUCAGCUAGUCGGCGAAGUCCGCUCCCUGAUGGGCGCUCUGGCGUACGUACACGUCGGCCUGGAGAAGUCGCCGUACGCGCCUCUGACCAGCGACAGUCUGUGGAUCGAGAUCUGUGACCUGUUCACCAGGGAUGCCUGCGCGCUGCUCGGUCUGAGCGUCGACAGCCCGCUGCUGGUCGUAGUGAACGCCGGCGCUAAGGCGGUGCCGCUGCUGAUGAACAUGAAGCAGGUGAUGCAGCAGCGUCAGGUGGGCGGCAUGUGGAGCUCCAACGACGAUCUGCCGAUCGAGAUAGACGUGGACCGCGAGUUCCGCUUCCACAGCGUGUUCGCCUGUCCGAUUCUGAAGCAGCAGGCCACCGAACAGAACCCCCCAGUGCGACUGGUGUGCGGUCACUGCAUCUCCAAAGACGCCCUGCACAAACUCAGCCACGGAAACAAGCUGAAGUGUCCCUACUGCCCCAUGGAGAUGAACACAGCAGACGUCAAGCAGAUCUUCUUCUGAGCGCCGCUCUCUUCGCGAUCUCAUCAUCUACAUCCAGUAGGCGCCGUCUCUCUUAUCCAUCGCUUCACGCCUCCCUCCCAUCAUCAGUCGUCACUACGAACCCCGCUGGCUAGUAGUGCCCGCUAGUGCCCGCGUAGUGAGUGCGCCAGCGCGCAGUAGUGCUCCGCGGUUUAGAACGGCCUACUAUACACGCUCAGGCAUGCUGUGUGGGCUUUGGGUGCCUUUCAGUAGACUAGUGCGUAUUAGUGGGCUUUAUGUGGGGCAGUACGGUGCUAUGUAGUUUGUCAGAUAACAUUAGUCAUGCUAUAGAUUCAUGUUAUCUAUGAUUCUGCAUAAGCCGUGCUGAGCACCAUAGCACACUAAACGCACCGUAGCACGUUGUACUACAAUGUCGCUGUGCUACGCAAAGAACUAGCUACUGUAAGAAAGGCCUGAAACAUGCAAGAUAUGAUACAAUAAGCACCAUACAGUACUCUAAGCUGGGGCGAACCGCACCGGCCUUCGCUACACGAAUGACUACUGCGCUGCCCUCUGGUGGCCGUCGGACACAGCUCUCACUCGUCCCACUGGCUAUAGGUGACGCGCAGAUCGCGGUCGGCUUUGUGUUGAGAGCAGAGUAGCUCUGUCAUGUGGCGGAGUCUGGUAUGGUUGACCAGCUGUGGCUUUGCGGCUGAGGAUGUGAAUCCGGUCAGGGCCGUGGCUGGUUCGCAGCAGGGUCAUCUUGCUGUCCGAAGCGGUGCCAGAAGGCAAGGUCGGUGUUGGAAGUGUCCGGUCUAGCGAAGGCUUGCAUCCUCUGGGUCUGAAACUGUUCAGACACUGCAUUCGGUAUUCAUGGCAGGCGUUAUAAGGCAGGAAAGGUCCAGGCAGCAAAGGUCCUAGGUAAUUUCUAAUGUGAGCUGUGGGAGCAUUGCACGUUAACCGUGGAAGCUCUGCCGAUCUGGCGGUCAGGUGCGCCCAACUACUCGCUUUCAUGUGUAUGAUAAUAUCUGUACAGUAUCUUCACUUCACCCAUGAGGAGCGCACGACUCGGAGUGUUGGUUGGGUUGCCCCGAUCCCCAGGGGUCGUGACGCGUGAGCUGUACUUAUUUAACCUGGCGGGGUUAUCCAUGGGUAGAUCCAUAACCGAAACUACGCCGAGGACGCUUUAUCGAGCGAGAAGUGUGAAUUGCCCUAGGACAGACGGCAGAGUCCGUGGAAUGUGUUGUCAUUGUUCUGUACAUGCGCUAUCGGGUUCAAUUUGUAAUAAACCAGUAUUGAAUAUCCGA